AUGUCAUUCAAUGUCGAUAUAGACGAAGCAGAUGUUGCAGUCUUGAAUCAGAAUUUGAUUAAGUCUAAAGAGUUAUUCACAUCGAUUUCUAGAUCGUUGAAUAAGAUCUCGACUAAAUCAUCAACAGCAUCCAUUAAGAUUAAGCCUAUAUUGAAAGACGUCAAUAAAUUGAAUGAGAACAGGAAUCAGCUUGAUUCGGGAUUGAGCUUGUUGUCAGAGGUCUCGAAUUAUGCAUCAGAAACCUCCAAAUAUGAGUCGGUUUUGAAUAAUUCGAUAGAGCUAAUUGGAUUAAAGAAAUUUAUUGAUACGUUGGCCAGAUCGAAAAUAUUAUUAAAAGAGAUGAAAAGUAAUAUCAAACGAUUCAAAGGGAUACUAAUUAAUUUUGAAAAUUUAAUUGACAAGUCCGAAUUGAAUUUGGAGAACUAUUUCCAAAAAGUACUCAAGAGUAACGAUUUAGGAACGAAUAAGUUGAACGAAAUUAUACUCAUUUUUCAGUACUUCUACAGCUCGUCAAUGAAUGGUCAAAGCACUAUUGACAAAAUAUUUAUGAGGAGCCAAUCAAUGAAGUUAGUGGAAACAAUAAGGCCUCAUGAGGAGCCUACUAAACCAAUAAAGAGAAACUCUAACAUUCCUUAUGAAAAGGGAUCCAAUGGAAUAAAUAGAUACAAUAAUGAGAUGAUCAAGGCCAUUAAGGCUGAAAUAGGGUUGCUUAAUGACGUGGGAUCCAAAAUCAAUUUGAGUGCAAGUGCAAAAGAUAUGUUUAUGCUUGAUAUUGUCCGUAGGGCAAUCAAUGAAAGCUACGCUGAGGUAAUUGCAAACUUUAAUAAAUUUCUGAGGCAAUCAAAGGUAUUAAAUAAUGACUUGCUUAUAUUAGAGACAAUUGAAAAUUUAAAUCAUUUUGAAAAAUUCUUGAAUGUGAAUAAUAUCGACGUGCGUAGUUUCCCAGCAUUCAAUGAAAACUAUCAUCAAUUAAUUAACAUAUCCAGUGAUAUAUUCCGUGAAUUAAUAGAAUACAGUGAGAAUAGAGUGAAGUCAGUAGAAAAGCUAACGGACUUGAAUGCUACCGAAACUGUUGUGGAAUUGAUUUCUAGAAUUCGUAAGCUCUCAGAAUAUAACAUUUCGCUUUUAAAGUUGAUCAAUGGAAUGAAGCUUGGGUCAUGGUUGAACCUCAAGCCACCCGUAAGAUUUAUCAGUGUGUACACAUCCGUUAUACCUAAUAUCAGCGAUGACAUCGAUGAAACAGCUCCUGAGCACUUGUUAUCGUGUUUCAUAAGUGACUAUAUCGACUCGAUUAUCAUCAACAUUGAAAUUGGGUUAAAGUCAGACGUGAGCUUGAAGAAGUCGAUGCAAGGCUACUAUCUUAUCAAGAACACCAUUUUGAUUGAGACGAUUGUCAACCGCUCACAACAGUUAUUCACUAGCUUGGGCAAUCUCGGAAUUGAGCGUUUGAACAGAUUGAAGAAGCGAUUCUUGAAACUCUUCCUCGAUGACUGGAAUUAUGCAUCGUAUAUUAUUAUCCGUGACAUGACUACUAUCACCACCACGAACGCAGUUUCAGGGCACUCAGGAUCGGGAAUGUCAAGCAAAGAAAAGGAACAGAUAAAGGAGUUGUUCAAGAACUUCAAUGAAUCAUUCGAGGAUGCAUUGCGGAAUUAUGAAAAGUAUAACAUCACCGAUGUCAAUUUGCGAGCAUAUCUUUCUGGCGAAAUUAAAAAGUUAAUUAUGAACGCAUACUUUAAACUUUACGACAAAUAUGGAAGCGGCGAAUUCACCAAAAACAAGGCAAAAUACAUUAAAUACAACAAGCACCAGUUUGAGCAAAUUCUCAGCGAGAAAUUGUAA